GCAAAAGCCAAAAGCCAAAAGCCAAAACACCACCCCUAAGUAGUCUGUGCAAAACACCAAUAUCGCGCAAGUUGCGCAAGUCAAGUUUUCUGGUUCAUGCGCAAUGGAAACAUCCUCUUUUCCUGGUCGAUUACGGUGUUCCAUUUAGUUUUUCAGCUGAUUACGCUUUCUGCAGGCGCCUCGCAGUCGUCGCGUGUGCACUGUGUCAUGUGCGAGGCUGUCGCAGCAUAGUCGGAUAUAGGGCUUCUAUAGUUGUGGUAUCGCUAGCUAGUGCCCGUGAAAAUGUUUUCAGGACUCACUAAUCAGGUCAGCUCGUGGAUGGGCGCCGCCAAAGGCGAGCCUCAGGAUGAGGAGGUGCCUACUCCCACCAAGGAACCGACGGGGGAGCCAGCCGCCGAAGGAGAGAAACAAAGCCCAACUAAAGGUGGCAGUAAGCUGGAACUGAUUACCAACGUCAAGUCGCAGAUGACAGGAUGGCUGAGCUCCGGAAUACCAAUUCCUGGGCUGAAGAAAAAUGAAGCAGGUGCCCCCGAGGCCGAGCAGCCCCCGGCAGAACCAGUCGAGCCUGAAGUUAAGCCCGAGGCAAAGGAUGACGACGAUAACUCGAGGUACAAUAGUGCCACCGGUGGAGCGGACAGUAGGCCAGCCUCAGGUGGUGGAACUCCCACGGAGGACCAGCCAGCAGGAGUUGGAAAUGAUCAUCACAGAAAGUUGUCAGAUUUCAUCGAUGUAGCCGACAUGCAAGAGCUGACGACGAAGGCGGUAGCGGGGGCGAAGUCUCUGGGCAACUUCCUGUACUCGGCCGUGAACAAGGCGGGCGCCAAGGUCAGCGAGGCCGGAGCCAAGAUCAAGAAGACCGUCGAGGAAAAUAGCAUCCUGGGCGAAUUCAACAAGGAACAGGACGCUUUCAUCAAGGGCCAGGAUAAGGGCGGCGCGGCGGCGGUCGCGCCCUGGGUCGGCGCGCCCAAUGAGGCUGGGCUGAAGGAGGAAUGCCUGUCGCUGUCCACGGACCGGCGGAACUUCGUCCGCGCGCCGCCCGCGGGAGUGGAGUUCGAGUUCGACUACGACAAGAUGUAUCCGGUGGCGGUCGCCAUCAUGGCCGAGGAUCCCAACCUCGAGAAGAUGCGCUUCGACCUCGUACCCAAAGUUAUCACGGAGGAGAACUUCUGGCGGAACUAUUUCUACCGCGUCUCGCUGAUAUGCCAGGCCAACGAGACCGACGCCGCGCGCCCCGCCGACGACGAGCAGGGCGACAAAUCGGCGAGUUCAAACCUCAUAGCCAAAGAAAAGGCAUCCCAAGAGUCGAUAGAUGACGCAAAGAAAAGAAUAAAAUCGUUAAAAAUUGACAGAGAUGACGAACAAUGGGAGAAGGAACUAGAAGCUGAGUUGAACGAGUACGAAGUAGUGGCAGAGAAGAAUACAGACGACAAGUGGGAGAAGGAGUGCGAGGAUCUUCUAGAAGAUGAGAUUGAUCUCAAGUAAUCGCUUCUGUGACGUUUUAGGGAUUUGGAUAGUAGGUUAAAACAGUUGGCAAGUGGUGGCCGUUCAUAAAUUACGUCACACUAUUUUUGGGUCUUUUUAACUUUGCUGCCACAGGUUUUUAAAACCCUUUUUAGAAGUUUUGUGUCAUAUUUUUAUGUUUCACAUUCACAUUAUAUAUGUUCGACUAGCGCCCUCUUUAGAGUGACGUAAUUUAUGGAUGGCCCCUGAUUAUAAUAAUGAACAGAUAAUAUUUAAUUUGUACAGUAUAGAUUUCUUAAUAUAAAUAUUUGUUAGUCAAUUAUUUAAGUGUAGUAUUAA